UCCUCAUCAUCUUUCGGCCACGGAGGUCACAGUAUCUCCACUUUCUGACGACGCAGUACCGGCAGCCCUACCAGAAGGGACCCACCAGCACGCGCCACGUCCUGCUGAAGGCAUCGGGCAGUACAAUUACCGGUCGUGGCAACGACUUUAGCAGGGCCAUGGUACCGGGCCAGCCACCGUGGCCGUACCCGUCGGGUCAUGGUGGGGAUAUCGAGGCCGAACAGUUGCGGGCCGAAAGCGUAACUACCGUCUCCAGUGAGUACCUGACUCCGGCCGAAUCGUGUCUCUCUCAACACAUCUGCCCAACUUACGGUAAUGUUUCGUGGAAAGGCGACCAGGCAAAACCGAGUCCGCCGCCAUGUUGCGUAGAGACGUCGUAUAGCCCCACCGGCGUCCUCUCGCCGCCCUCCGGCGAGAAAGAGCGCGACGAUGAGGCGACUGAAAAGCCAGUGGCGCGAAUCCUGGACGUGAGCGGCCAGCGCGCAGACUUGCGUAUAACGCGUAGCGCCGCGUCGCUCCUCAGCGACUCCUCGACAAAGUCUGCGCAGCGAGGCUACUUCGUCGUUCAGGAGUUCCAGAGUUUCAUCAACAGUGACAGCAGCGAUCACUGGUCCAGCUUCAGCGGCGGCAGCAUUUACGCGCCCAGCAGCAGCGCCAGCCACAAUCCUGCGCGCACGCCCAUCCGAGUGGUCCCGGAUGCGUCGGUGCUGUCCACGAGCAAGUUGCUGAAACAAUGGGUCGAGGACCCGCUGGAUCCGUGCAUGGAGCCGCGACGCCGACCGACGUGGGCGCGCCUCUGGGCGGGACUGCGCAGGCAUUUGCAGCAGAUGGUCAAGUGCUGCCGUGACUGCGCAGGGCGACGUAAGCUGUGCAGCGACGGCCAGGGGCUGAGUUCCCGGCACAACGUCGACGAAGUCGUCAACAAUGUCAUCUUGGACGAGGUGAACUCGGCCUGCGCCCGGUGGUGGCACGUCCGCAUCUAUCAGCGGUGCGUCUCCUACCUGCACGCCCUCUGGUGCUGGCGCGGCCUGUAGGUGGGCCUGCCACGACGCGCUGCCCUGGGCCUGCAACAGCGAGCCGAGGAAGCUGCCAAGGGCCAACAACCCUUGGCUGAAACCUAGGUGGGGUCCAGGCCCACCCCACCAAAGUUAUUUGAAUGAAUGAAUGAAUGACAUCACACACAAACACGUCUCUGGGCACAAAGCACGUGCCAUAUGAUACACUCUCGCCUUCUUGCGGUCGCGCUCCCCAGUCUCUACGCAUGGCAGAGGAGGUGCAGCCCACCACACACAAGGCUUCCAGGGGUGAAACACGGCUUCUAGACACAUACACACACACGCACACACAUGCAUGCUACGUUUUCAGAUACGCGUGGUGGUCAGACAACUCAGUCCUUUCUAUCACCAUUCGAGCACCCCCCCUCGGGAAUUGUGCGACCUCGAGACAAUACAGAACUCACAGGGCCCAGACAGAGAGAGAGAGACAGACAGACAUAGCACGGGGCACCCGUGAAAAAAUACUUGAGAAUCUCGGAGCCUUUGCACCCCCCUCAACUAGGUCCGGCUUUGUGUUUGGCCUAUUUACGACGACGUGGUGCAGGCAAUAGGCGCUGGAAACGAGUGAUAAGAGCAGCACCACAUCCCUGGGACGACACUUCUUUCAUGGCAAGCAGCGCAGAUGAGUGGCACAUGCAAUGCACGCUGUGGCACAGCAGCAUGUUCCAGGA